AUGGAAGUGUACCACUGGGCCCUGGGAGAACAGGACAUCACACUCUACUACGAGGUGCUCACAUCACUGUGGAAGCUGGAUGAGAGGAACCACCUGUUCAAGGGCCAGGAGUUCAUGCUAAAGUGCAGGGAGAGCUUCGCCUCCCGUCUGAUGAAC